AUGGCCUCACCUAAUCUUCAAAUGACAACAUCAAAAUUAUGUCUUUGUCCAAACGCUUCAGCGUUGAAGAUUUCAAGUCCCUAUAAGACAUUCACUUUCAGGUCCAAUUUCAAAGUUUAUCUCCUUUCCCCUAAUAACAAUGGUUCAGCAUCUACAUGUUCUUCUCAUGGGUCUGUCUCAAGUUUAAAGAAAGAUGAGAACAGACGCAGAAGUGAUCUCGAAAAUCUGUUUUGUUAUGAUAAAGCUAUCCCAGAAGAAAUCAUUGAAAAGCCUGUUGGUCUAUCUUUGGCCGAGAAAGCAAUCGGUAACAAUUCUCGAUGCACUGAUUGCCAUGCCAAAGGUGCCUUGCUUUGUGCCACUUGUGCUGGUUCUGGUCUAUACGUGGACUCCAUAAUGGAAAGCCAGGGCAUAAUCGUUAAAGUUCGUUGCCUAGGUUGCGGGGGAACUGGUAAUAUAAUGUGUACAGAAUGCUGGGGACGAGGUCAUUUGGGACACAAAUGA